GCGUGUGCGCGGGCGAGGAUGGGCACGGGAUAGAGGCAGAGCCACCCACACCGCCGCGGCCCGGAGGUAGGGGACAGAGCUUCAGGCUCCCCCUUCAGUGGUCACGGGUCGCCAGAGCUCUGGUCGCGUGGAACCCUCGCCGCCACCGCCGCUGUCCUGCGACCCCGGGCAGGUGUAGACACGUGCGGCGGUCUGCACUGUAGGAUCCCAGUUCUACAAGCUUUGGACUCCCUGGGAUUACCAUGCCGCCCCCCGCGGACAUCGUCAAGGUGGCCAUAGAAUGGCCGGGCGCCUACCCCAAGCUCAUGGAAAUCGAUCAGAAAAAACCACUGUCUGCAAUCAUAAAGGAAGUCUGUGAUGGGUGGUCCCUUGCCAACCAUGAAUACUUUGCACUGCAGCAUGCUGAUAGCUCUAACUUCUAUAUCACAGAAAAGAACCGCAAUGAAAUAAAAAAUGGCACUAUCCUUCGAUUAACCACAUCUCCAGCUCAAAACGCCCAGCAGCUCCAUGAACGAAUCCAGUCAUCAAGUAUGGAUGCCAAGCUGGAAGCUCUGAAGGACUUAGCCAGCCUCUCCCGGGAUGUCACGUUUGCCCAGGAGUUUAUAAAUCUGGAUGGCAUCUCUCUCCUCACGCAGAUGGUCGAAAGCGGCACUGAACGAUACCAGAAAUUGCAGAAGAUCAUGAAGCCUUGCUUUGGAGACAUGCUCUCCUUCACCCUGACAGCCUUUGUUGAGCUGAUGGACCAUGGAAUAGUAUCCUGGGAUACGUUUUCAGUGGCAUUUAUUAAGAAGAUAGCAAGUUUUGUCAACAAGUCGGGCAUGGACAUCUCAAUCCUGCAACGGUCCUUGGCCAUUUUGGAGUCAAUGGUGCUCAAUAGCCAUGACCUCUACCAGAAGGUGGCUCAGGAGAUCACUAUAGGCCAACUUAUCCCACAUCUUCAAGGGACGGAUCAAGAAAUCCAAACCUAUACCAUUGCAGUGAUUAAUGCACUUUUCCUGAAGGCUCCUGAUGAGAGAAGGCAGGAGAUGGCGAAUAUUUUGGCUCAGAAGCAACUUCGUUCCAUCAUUUUAACGAAUGUUAUCCGAGCCCAGAGAGCCAUCAACAAUGAAAUGGCGCACCAGCUGUAUGUGCUGCAGGUGCUCACCUUUAACCUCCUGGAAGACAGGAUGAUGACCAAGAUGGACCCCCAGGACCAGGCUCAGAGGGACAUCAUAUUUGAACUUCGAAGAAUUGCUUUUGAUGCUGAGUCUGAACCUAAUAACAGCAGUGGCAGCAUGGAGAAACGCAAGUCCAUGUACACCCGGGAUUAUAAAAAACUUGGCUUCAUUAAUCAUGUCAACCCUGCCAUGGACUUUACCCAGACCCCUCCUGGGAUGUUAGCCCUGGACAAUAUGCUGUACUUUGCCAAACACCACCAGGAUGCCUAUAUCCGGAUUGUGCUUGAGAACAGUAGCCGAGAGGAUAAGCACGAGUGUCCCUUUGGCCGCAGCAGCAUCGAGCUGACCAAGAUGCUGUGUGAGAUCUUGAAAGUGGGCGAGCUGCCUAGUGAGACCUGCAACGACUUCCACCCAAUGUUCUUCACCCAUGACAGAUCCUUUGAGGAGUUUUUCUGCAUCUGCAUCCAGCUCCUGAACAAGACAUGGAAGGAAAUGAGGGCAACUUCUGAAGACUUCAACAAGGUAAUGCAGGUGGUGAAGGAGCAGGUUAUGAGAGCUCUCACAACCAAGCCUAGCUCCCUGGACCAGUUCAAGUGCAAACUGCAGAACCUGAGCUACACCGAGAUCCUGAAAAUCCGCCAGUCUGAGAGGAUGAACCAGGAAGAUUUCCAGUCUCGCCCAAUUUUGGAACUAAAGGAGAAGAUUCAGCCAGAAAUCUUGGAGCUGAUCAAACAACAACGCCUCAACCGCCUUGUGGAAGGGACCUGCUUUAGGAAACUCAACUGCCGACGGAGGCAAGACAAGUUUUGGUACUGUCGGCUUUCACCCAACCACAAGGUCUUGCAUUAUGGAGACUUGGAAGAAAGUCCUCAGGGAGAAGUGCCCCAUGAUUCCUUGCAGGACAAAUUGCCGGUGGCAGAUAUCAAAGCGGUGGUGACGGGGAAGGACUGCCCUCAUAUGAAAGAGAAAGGUGCCCUUAAACAAAACAAGGAGGUGCUUGAACUUGCUUUCUCAAUCUUGUAUGACUCAAACUGCCAGCUGAACUUCAUAGCUCCUGACAAGCACGAGUACUGUAUCUGGACGGAUGGGCUGAAUGCACUGCUGGGGAAAGACAUGAUGAGUGAGCUGACUCGGAAUGACUUGGACACCCUGCUCAGCAUGGAAAUCAAGCUCCGCCUCCUCGACCUGGAAAACAUUCAGAUCCCCGACGCACCUCCGCCCAUCCCCAAGGAGCCCAGCAACUAUGACUUCGUCUAUGACUGUAACUGAAGUGGCCAGGCCCAGAAGCACCCCCUGCAAAACUGGAAAAUCUAGCUAAUGGGAGAGAAGAAUGAAAACACACCCAUACCUUGGAACCCUCUCACGGUCAAGAGAAGCUGUGGGUCAACACUUUCUUUGGCCUCACCUCUAGCCCCAGCGUUCUUCUGCCCCUACCUGGCAUCUUGCUCACUGCCCUGAUUCUGUUUCUAGACUACAUUGCUUUAGGUCACUUCCCACCCUACAGUCUACUGGUGGGAGAAGAGCAAAACCCACCGCCAAUAAGAGAUCCAAAGGGCCCUUCCAUCCUAACCCCCAGCAGGCACGUCCUCCCUCCCCGGAAUGUGCAAGCUGGCAGCUCCAGACUGCCCCUAAACCUGCCCACCAGACCGAAGGGAGUGCCCCUGUGCUUGCGUCUGGAAGAAACAGCCUAGCUGCUUGAGAAGACCAAACACCACAUCCUCGUCCCCUUUCUCUCUAGAGUCCGCUCACACCACCAGUUCCAUGUGAAUUGAAAUCAGCUUCCAAAUCCCUUCCUUCCUCUGUCCAGGCCUUGCCUCUUGCUGUUCCUCUCUGGUCCCAAGAGCAGCAGCAGCAGCCUCGUCCUAGCUCUCGCCAGCACCGGGUCUCCUGGACACAGUCCCAGGUCCCAUGCCCACUUCACGUCUGCACUGUGACUGUGACCUACCUUCUUUCCUCGCCAGCUAGUCUUGCGUGUCCUCUCUCUGCCCCAGCCCACACCUGCCUUCUUCAUGCCUCACGCCUUCCCAGUCCCUUCGCUGAAAGCACAAAUGGUGAAAUCAGUCGUCAUCCCCGUCUCUAAUAUACUAAACCUAAACGCCUCUGUGGUAGGCAGCCCCUGUCUAAGGGUUUGGUGUUACCUUGUCCCAGGGGUUCUGCUGCAAACAGGCUCCACGGGAUGGUCAACCUGUCAGACAUCCAAGUUUACAUCAUUGUAAUUAGUACAAGUAUCAACAAUUUGCAAGGGUCUGGGGUUGUGUUUUUGGUUUUUUUUUUUCUGUUUUUUUGCUUUGUUUUUUUUGUACAAAAGAGUCUAACAUUUUUUUGCCAAACAGAUAUAUAUUUAAUGAAAAGAAGAGAUACAUAAAUGUGUGUACUUUCAAGUGUUUUUUUUUUAAUUAUUUUAAUCCUAAACAUCUUCCUGAGAAUAACAUUCCCUUACACAUGCUGUGGAAUAAAAUUCAUUGUGAUGACUUGGGGAA